UCAGCAUAUAAAGCCUCAUAGUCUGAAGCAUCGGCCAUGGAGAACCUUUCUUAAUGCUCUUUCCAGAGCAAGUGAUGCUGUUACCUAUGCUCGACUCAGAUCUCAAGGAUACAUCAGUCUUUCAUGGGAACCAAGGAAUUGGUCUGCUAACCUUUAGAGAACUAACAUGAGUCCUUUAGACGUGGGAGAGGUCAUGUUGUAGCUUAGUUGGUUAUAGCAUUUCUAUCUAGUAAAUGGGGAAUCCUGAGUUUGACUCUCAGCAGUACCUUUUUUUUUACAAAUAGUGAUCUGACUUUUGCGCUACUUUGAGUGAUUUGGAGUGUGUAAAACAAAUGUGAACUAUGUAUAAGAUUGCCUUUUCCUUGGUUCUAGGAAGCUCUCAGAUAUUGUUAUAUCUGCAAGCCACAGCUUCCCUCUGACUUUUAGAACGCCUGUUCAUUCUUUGCUGAAAAGAAAAACCAAGGACUUUCCUCACAUCAUGCCACCUACAAGAGACCCAUUUCCAUAUCCCAGAUAUGAAAAUGAUAAUUCCUUCCAUGGAAAGGAAACACAGCGUUACCAAAAAAAAACAUUCAAUUUAACAAGUCGUGAAGAUUCCUGGAACCGUCUUAAUGCAACUCCGACCCUAUCAAGUGCAAGGCGGUCUGCUUAUUACAAUGAUCCUGAGUCUCCAGCUGAUAGUUUAGACUUCAAUUUAAAGUCCGUGUACAACCAUGAUGAAGGCCUCUUUAAGAACCGCAAUGAAACACUAUUCCAGGUGGAGACAUUCACAGACGACCAUGGAAGGAUAUUGAAGAACAGGGUCAAAGAAUUAUCUACUUCUCAGGAGGAAAAAACAGGGUUUAGACAUUCAGUGAGUCCACAGAAGAUAAGUGUGCACAGCAUUGAUGGAGCCAUCACAAGUCAUCACGCAGCUGUUACUAAUCAAGGCUACUCUCGGAAACAAGAUGGUGGAUACUACAGUAUCUGAUUUGAACACUCUCCUGUUCAGUGAAAUUUUGGUGUUAUGGUUCAGAAAUAAACCCUAAUAAGCAA